GCGAGGAGAAGCGAAGACCAUGGCGACCGAGCUGUUUGAGGAUAUCUUCGAGGUGCGGCAGCUGAACCCGGAUGGCAAGAAGUUCGACAAAGUGACCCGCGUGGUGUGCAAGGGUGUGUCGUACGAGCUGGAGCUGACGCUGGACAUCAACUCAGAGGUCUACCGUCUGCGCCAGAACGAGAAGUUCACGCUGGCGCUCGUCAGCACGCUGGACCUGGAGGGCAAGCCGGACGACGGCAUGUUCAACCAGUCGGGCAAGCCCACGCUGCUGGACCGUUACGACUACGGCAUGUACGGCAAGGUGUUCCAGUACGACCACGAGGGCGGCAACAUGGUGGCCAUCUACGCCAGCUUCGGCGGCCUGCUCAUGUGCCUGCGCGGCGAGCAGCGCCACCUGCACAUGAUUCACAACGACACACGGAUCUACUGCCUGCUCCGGAAACAGUAAACAGGUUGUGGGGAGCUCAGCUCGGCGUGUCGUCUUCCAUGCGACGGGCUAGCAGCCAGCACACGCAGCGGAACUGCCCCAGCGUGGCGAAGUAUGUGAAGAGACACACACCAAUUGACGACUCCGUGUGAAGCACGAAUACUCGUAUAGACAGCGCGCGGCUGGACGUGAAGAGGAGGAGA